AUGCAUUCUUCAACGUCAUCCUCAUCGUCAUCAAUCUUUGCCAAUUACCCUCUAAUUUCCGCCGUUGUUGCUUUCGCCGUUGCCCAAUCCAUCAAGUUCUUCACCACCGGGUUUAAGGAUAAAAGAUGGGAUCCCAACCAAUUAAUUGGGUCCGGUGGAAUGCCAUCAUCUCAUUCAUCAACUGUCACUGCUCUUGCAACAGCCAUUGGCUUCCACUACGGCUUUGGAGGACCCCCUUUUGCUAUUGCCACGAUUUUAGCUUGCAUUGUGAUGUAUGAUGCUAUUGGUUUAAGAUUGCAAGCAGGACGCCAAGCAGAGGUUUUGAACCAAAUUGUAUGUCAACUUCCAGCUGAGCAUCCUCUCGCUGCAAGCAGACCGCUACGCGAACUUCUUGGGCAUACACCCCCUCAGGUCAUGGCAGGUGGGUUGCUGGGACUUGUAAUAGCAGCAAUUGGCUAUCUGAUUGUUAGGUAGCGGGCGCAAUUUCAGUUCCUACCUUUUGUACAGGAACUGAUGACAUC